AUGAUCCCAGAUCUCGGGCAAAAGACAUCGGAUGAGGAGGUUGCCCUAGGCCGCAAGGUUGCAAAGUCGCUACGCGAAGCAAAGCGAAUGUCACCAUUCUUGGUUGACCCAAUCUCCUUCGUUCGAAGACCAAGCCUCCCAAAUUCUUCAGAAGCCCAGGACGAACAACCAACUAAACCCACCCACAGCCGCUCUGCACAUCAAUUCUACUCGCCUUCGCCCGCAAGCAGUAACGCAUCCAGCCCCCCGAGUAAGCAGAUCCUCCCGUGCGGCUGCUCCCGCUCACACGUCCUGAUGUCGCAGCUCGAACGUCCCGUCGAGGCGGAUCAAGAGACUUCGAAAAGCUUGAAGCGCGAGGGCGACGACUUCAAGUUCAAUUACUACCUUCCGCAUCUUAGCGACCGUAAUAUCGAUUUCUACGCGGAGCAGAUCCAGAGUCCACGGCAUAUGCUUGACGAUCGGGCCUUUGAGAUGGACUCCGCGGUCGAGUUGGGACUGCCGUAUAUUGAUGAGGGGGACUUUGAGUACUACCCGAGGAGUGACAGGAGUUCCUCGCCGAGCUCACGGGGGAGUGAAUCUGAGAGCUCCGAUGUCGAUGAUACAUAUACACAAGUUCGUAGUGGAGGUGGAUAUGCAGGAGAAAAAAAGCAGACGUGGUGCCUGAGGUUCUUGCGGAGCUUGAGGAAAGUCAUUAGAAGAUCCCCAGGCUUCUUUUGAAGCAUCGAAGAUUCCACUAGAUUUGAAGGCGGUACCCCGGAGAGCUUGGUCAAGGAUUAGC